AUGAGGAAAAAGGAUUUACAAUCUAUUUAUCUAUCUUGCCUGUUCUUAUCUAUCUAUCUAUCUAUCUAUCUAUCUAUCUAUCUAUCUAUUACGACUAAGCCUAGUUUAGUAAAUACAUCUAUCUAUCUAUCUAUCUAUCUAUCUCACUGUUUAUCUCACUGUUUAUCUAUCUAUCUAUCUAUCUAUCUAUCUAUCUAUCUAUCUAUCUAUCUAUCUAUCUAUAUCACUGUUCAGAUCUAUCUAUCUAUCUAUCUAUCUAUCUAUCUAUCUAUCUAUCUAUGUAUCUAUCUAUCUAUCUAUCUAUCUAUCUAUAUCACUGUUCAGAUCUAUCUAUCUAUCUAUCUAUCUAUCUAUCUAUCUAUCUAUCUAUAUCACUCUCUCUCUCUCUUUCUAUCACUCUUACUCUCUUUCUCUCUCUCUCUCUCUCUCUCUAUAUAUAUAUUUACUUUGUCAUCGUCGCACUUUAUAUUACAUAAGGACAAACAAGUAUUUGAAAGUAUACGCGUGCAAACACAGAGUCAAGAGAAAAUGGCGUUUUCUCUGCUUCUAUCUAUCUAUCUAUCUAUUCACGUGUGUCUGUGUGUCUUUGUAUCUUUUUCUCUAUCUCUCUUUGCAAUUGAUAUUUCCGAUGUCUGUGGAAUUGGCACGGCGAUGCUUAACAUUGCCAUGGUUACCAGACGCGACCAAUCCUCUUUCCUUCGCAACAAUGCCAAAUAUGCUGCCUGCCCCGAAGUCUUUUCUUUGUUUCUUUCAAGCUACCGACAGGCAAAACACUCCUUCCUCACCCCAGAUAUAAAUGCCUCGCAUUUGUUUUGUUUUUCUUCCUGUUUACAUCUUCUCUCUCUCUCUCUUCCUGCAUUUCACACACGCACACAUAUUCUCUCUUUCUCAUUCUCUUCAUAUAUCUUUCUUUUUCUCCUUCUCCUUUAUUCGAUUUUAUCUUCCUUUCUCUCUUAUUCUCUUAUCCUCUCUUUCUCUUCGGCUUUAAUUGUUUCUUUUUUCUUUUUUCCAUCUUCCUGUUUUCCUUUAUCCUCUCUCUCUCUCUCUCUAUCUAUCUAUCUAUCUAUCUAUCUAUCUAUCUAUCUAUCUCCUUUGUUGUUGGCUUAUUUGUUUCUUUCUUUUAUCUUUUUCUUUGAUCGCCCUCCUUUUUCCCCUUCUUAUUAUCACUCUGUUUCUCACCCUUACUUGUUUCUUUGUCUCUAG